UCUGGCAACACUGAGUCAUGUAUUUAGUAUUUACUUUUUACGCUCCAAUUUCCAAACUUAAAGAAGCAACUGCACCUGUAAGAUUAAGUAAAAUAAUGCCUCACGUUUAAAAGCAAAGGUGUCUAUUUAUCAAUUAUGCGCUACAAUUUCUUUCAGUAUCUUGCAUCAUCCAUUAUCUAGUGUUUUUGGCGUUAAAAAUUGCAAAUUGUAAUUAGUGAAAAUAUAAAAUAUAAGUGAUAGUAAAUGUUAAUAACCUAAAUUAUUAACAAGAGCCAUUAAUAUAAAAAUUUUGAAAGUUAAAGAAAAGUUUUAAAAUUUAAAAUGAAUUCGUUGGUCAAAUUACAGGAUUAUAUAAAAUGUAAAGAUAAUUCUGUAAAGUUUUUAAAUCAUUCGGAGGUUCCUAUAGUCUGUCAAAGUGAGCCAUGUAUGUUGGGAGUAGAUGAAGCUGGUCGUGGACCAGUAUUAGGACCAAUGGUGUAUGGAGUAGCUUAUUGCCCAAUAAACCAAUCUAAAGUUUUAAAGUCCCUUGGAUGUGCAGAUUCUAAGGUUUUGACAGAAGAAAAGCGGGAUGAGAUUCUCGUAAAAAUGUUAACCGAAGAUGAAGCAGUUAAGAAUAUUGGCUGGGCAGCUGAAGUAAUAUCUCCUAAUUAUAUUUCAAAUUCAAUGUACAGAAGAGCUAAACAUUCUUUAAAUGAGGUGUCAAUGAAUUCAGCCAUAGAUCUUAUAAAAAAGGUAAUUGAACAAGGUGCAAAUAUUCAAGAGGUCUAUGUGGAUACUGUAGGACCACCAGAGAAGUAUCAAGCUAAGCUGUCUGAUAUCUUUCCAGGAAUUAAAAUUACUGUAGCCAAAAAGGCUGAUUCCAUAUAUCCGAUUGUAUCAGCAGCUAGUAUAGUAGCAAAAGUGACAAGGGACCAUGCAUUAAAAGUAUGGCAGUUUCGUGAAGGACUUGACUUAGAUUAUACACAGUUUGGCAGUGGAUAUCCUGGAGAUCCGCUAACAAAAAAGUUCAUACGAGAUCAAAUUGAUCCCGUAUUUGGAUAUCCAUUGUUAGUCAGAUUUAGCUGGUCGACAGCAGAAUUGAUGUUACAAGAAAAAGCCAUAACCUGUACUUUUGAAGAAAUCGACGACCCAACAAAAAAAUCGCCUAAGUGUAAAACAAUAAACACAUUUUUCGCGCCAAAGUUAGAAGGAGUUAAGAAACGGAAGAAACACAAAUUUUUCGAUGAACGAUAUUUGACUAUAGGUAAUGCGUUUGAAUAAAUAUGAAAAUAAAGGAAUUUCUCGAAUUUCGUUUUACCUUUUUAAAAAUUGAUAUGCAUAAUAAGAUUAUUAUUUUCAUAUUCAUGCAAG